AACGAUUGGGAUUCAACUGUUCCUGAUGAGACCCCACUCUACCAGGCUGUCCCAAUUGCCAUGGUGAUAUAUCUGCUUUACUCGAUCAUUCUGAUGCUCAGUGUCAUCAUCGCCACCUUUAACGAUAUCUUUGCAGCUGUCCGUACUCAGUCAGAACUGGUCUACAAGUAUUUACGCUAUGCUGUCAUUAUUGAAUACGAAUCUCGACCCCUUCUACCACCUCCGUUUAUUAUCAUAUCAUGGCUCUAUCUCUUUCUAAGAUCGAUAUUUCGGUAA